UUUGUAGUUUGUCAAUCCUCAGCACUAGGCUGGCUCACUGCCCUCUCUUACAGAGUGAAAUCUUGUAGUUUCGGGUUGUGUGGCUGCCACGGAUUUUUAGCUUUCGGAUUGCGCACUCAGAACUGCUAUUCUGUAUGUAAUAAACCCAUGUUGUUCUGAUACCAUUGGACGAAGGGCGUUUUUAGCCUAUAUUAUUUUUUUGUUGCAAGAUUCCUUGUCAAUACUGGUACGUAGCCUACUGCAUCCUUGCAUUUUUCUUUUUUUCCAACAAGCAACGACGAGAAGCCCUGUCUCUUAACCGCGCUGCACAGAAUCGACUAGAAAAUACUACUGCUACUACUACAACUAUUAUAUAACUGAAAGACGAAAUUGUGGCUGUCUUCCGUUGUAUUUCGGCGAUUAACUACGGAACGACCAGGACAGACGUUGGAUGUGUCUGCAGAAUGAAUUCCUGGGAUUGAUCCACGCCUGUCUCCAGUGUUUAAUGCUGAAGCGACAGAAGGGGCAGCCAUGGACAUAAAAGAACGCAAACCGUACCGCUCACUGACGGCCAGACAGGACGCGGAGCGCCGCUACACCAGCUCGUCAGCGGACAGCGAGGACGGCCGGCCGCAGCCCAAGUCCUACAGCUCCAGCGAGACGCUCAAGGCCUUCGACCAGGACUCCAGGCUGGCCUACGGCAGCCGCGUCAAAGACCUGGUGCACCAGGAGGCCGACGAGUUCUGCCAGCAAGGGGCAGACUUCUCACUUCGGGACCUGGGAUUCGGUGAUGCCACGCCCUCCCAUGGCACAGGUUACCACGGGGAUAUGGGGCUGCAGCACCGUGGGUACUCCGUCAGCAUCGGCUCAGACGCAGACACCGAGACGGACGGCAUCAUGUCCCCUGAGCACGUGGUGCGACUCUGGGGGCGCAACACCAAAUCUGGUCGAAGCUCCUGCCUCUCUAGCCGGGCCAACUCCAAUCUGACGCUCACCGACACCGAACACGAGAACACAGAGAAUGGUCCUCCUUUGCAUUGUUCCUCUGCCUCCUCUAGCCCUGUUGAGCAAGGCCUCUCCCCUCCCCCUUCCUUUGAAGCCAAUGAGAGCCGGGGAGGGUUGCUAGGUAACUGUGUCACUCAGCCAGCCCAGGACUCUGACUCUGAAGAGGAGUUUGCCCCCAAUUCAUUUUUAGUUAAAGCGGGCUCUGGGAUCCUCUAUUCUCCUGCCCCUGUGGCUGCUGACGACAGCGCCUUCCAGAACAUUCCUCGGCUCCGGACUCCUCCCCUCCCGCUCUCACACUCUCACUCUCCCAGCCAGCAUCACGGUGCUUCCGUGGACUCCCUGAACCGGGGUGCCUACACCCCCCACAGCAACCCCAGCCCGGCCCCCACUGACCCCUCCUCCAUCCUGCCAGAGGGGCCUGGCAGCACCCAGGACAGUGCCCAGGACAACUGGCUGCUCAACAGCAACAUUCCCCUGGAGACCAGGACCCAGAAUACUCUAUUGUUUAUCAGAGAAGAGCGAGACGCAUUCAGAGAAGGGCAGGGAUCAUUCAAUACAAGAAACAUAGCAAAGCAGACAUUCCUAGAGACUUUACAGGACAACCUUAUUGAGAUGGACAUGCUGGCGUCCACUCGUGGGGACGCUACGUGCAGUGACCGACACUUCCUGUUCAAGCCGGGCGGGACCUCGCCCCUCUUUUGCACAACGUCGCCAGGCUACCCCCUGACGUCCAGCACCGUCUACUCCCCUCCGCCCCGGCCCCUUCCCAGAAGCACCUUCUCUCGCCCAGCCUUCAGCCUGAACAAGCCCUACAAGCACUGCAACUGGAAAUGUGCUGCCCUCAGUGCCAUCCUCGUCUCCAUCACACUGCUCAUCCUGUUGGCCUACUUUAUCGCCAUGCAGCUGUUGGGGCUGAACUGGCACCUGCAGCCCUUGCAGAGGCAGAUGUACCAGCAGGCAGAGGACGGCGACAGCAGCUCGCCCACACCUACAGAACUGGGGCUGCCCCCCUCUGGGAACACAGGCCUGCAGCUGCCUGACCGCAGGGGCAAAGACGACGGCAAACUGGAUGGCUGGUUCCCAGAUGAAAGCUUCAUAGACAUGGGCGAGAUUGACGUCGGGCGGAAGGUGGCCCAGGAGGUGCUCCCGGGGAUUUUCUGGAGGUCCCAGGUGUUUGUGGAUCACCCCAUGUACCUCAAGUUCAACAUGUCCCUCAGCAAGGAUGCCCUGGUGGGCAUCUAUGGGAGGAGAGGCCUGCCCCCCUCACACACACAGUUUGACUUUGUGGAGCUGUUGGAUGGUAGAAGGCUGCUGGUACAGGAGGGGCGGAGCCUGGAGAGCUCUCAGGACCAGCAUCGCGCACUGGCACCCUUCACCCGGCACGACACCGGAUUCAUCCAGUACAUGGACUCUGGCAUCUGGCACCUGGCUGUCUACAAUGACGGAAAAGAAGCCGAGCAUGUCUCCUUCAUCACCACGGCGAUAGACUCCAUUGACGACUGCCCCAGUAACUGCUUUGGGAAUGGCGACUGUGUUUCGGGGACCUGCCACUGCUUUCCUGGCUUCCGAGGCGCAGACUGUGGUAGAGCCUCGUGUCCUGUACUGUGUAGUGGGAAUGGACAGUACCUGAAGGGGAGGUGCGUGUGCCACAGCGGGUGGAAGGGGGUGGAGUGCGACGUGCCCACCAACCAGUGCAUAGACGUCACCUGCAGCAGCCACGGAACCUGCAUCGUGGGCACUUGCAUCUGCAACCCCGGAUACAAGGGAGAGAACUGCGAGGAAGUGGACUGUCUGGACCCGACCUGCUCUGGACGAGGGGUGUGUGUUCGAGGGGAGUGCCACUGCACAGUGGGCUGGGGGGGUUCAAGCUGUGAGGACCCCCGAGCCUCCUGUAUGGACCAGUGCUCAGGGCACGGUGCCUUCCUGCCUGAAAUCGGCACGUGCAGCUGUGAUCCGAACUGGUCCGGACAUGAUUGUUCGACAGAGAUUUGUGCAUCGGACUGUGGCGGCCACGGCAUCUGCGUGUCGGGCACCUGUCGCUGUGACGACGGCUGGAUGGGCGCGGGGUGCGAGCAGAGGGCGUGUCACCCGCGCUGCAACGAGCAUGGCACCUGCAAGGACGGGAAGUGCGAGUGCAGCCCGGGCUGGAACGGAGAGCACUGCACCAUCGAGGGCUGCCCGGGCCUGUGCAAUGGCAAUGGCAGGUGCACUCUGGGUAACAGCGGCUGGUACUGCGUGUGCCAGCUGGGCUGGAGAGGAACCGGCUGUGACACCUCCAUGGAGACGGCCUGCAGCGACGGCAAGGAUAACGAUGCAGAUGGUCUGGUUGACUGCAUGGAUCCAGACUGCUGUCUCCAGGCCUCGUGUCAUGUGACCUCGCUGUGUGUGGGUUCUCCAGACCCCCUGGACAUAAUCCAGGAAACGCAGCUGCCCUCCACUCAGAGCAACCUGCAGUCCUUCUAUGACCGCGUCCGCUUCCUGGUAGGCCGCGACAGCACACACGUCAUCCCUGGAGCCAACCCCUUCGACGGCAGCCAUGCCUGUGUGAUACGUGGGCAGGUGGUCACCUCGGACGGGACCCCCCUGGUAGGAGUGAAUGUCAGCUUCAUCAACAAGCCAGCGUACGGAUACACCAUCACUCGACAAGAUGGCAGUUUCGACCUGGUGACUAACGGGGGUGUGGCCAUCGGCCUGCGGUUCGAGCGUGCCCCUUUCAUAACCCAGGAGCACACCGUGUGGUUGCCGUGGGGACGCUUCUUCGUCAUGGACACUGUCGUCAUGCGCCACGAGGAGAACGAAAUCCCCAGCUGUGAUAUCAGCAGCUUCUUGCACCCCAGCCCCGUGGUCAUCCCUGCCCCCCUCACCGCGUUUGCUGGCUCCUGCUCUGAGCGGGGCGCUGUUGUACCCGAAAUCCAGGCUCUCCAGAAGGAGGUCCGUAUCCCAGGAACAGACAUGAAGCUGUCCCACCUGAGCAGCCGCACAGUGGGGUACAAGUCCAUCCUGCGGGUGGUGCUAACGCACGGCACCAUCCCCUUCAACCUGAUGAAGGUGCACCUGACGGUUGCCGUGGAGGGACGUCUCCACAGGAAGUGGUUCCCGGCCGCGCCCAAUCUUUCCUACCACUUCGUCUGGGACAAGACUGACGUGUACAGUCAGAAGGUGUACGGGCUGAGCGAGGCUUUCAUUUCAGUUGGAUUCGAAUAUGAGUUAUGCCCUGACCUCAUUCUCUGGGAGAAGAGGACCGCAGUCCUGCAGGGGUACGAGAGUGUGGCGUCAAAUUUGGGCGGCUGGGCACUGGACAAACAUCAUGCCCUCAAUAUCCAGAUUGGCAUCCUGCACAAAGGUAAUGGGGAGAACAACUUCAUUUCCCAGCAGCCCCCGGUGGUGGGUAGUGUCAUGGGCAAUGGCCGGCGGCGCAGCAUUUCCUGCCCCAGCUGCAACGGCCUUGCUGACGGCAACAAGCUCCUGGCGCCCGUGGCCUUAGCCUGUGGGCCCGACGGCAGCCUGUAUGUGGGAGACUUCAACUACGUGCGCCGGAUUUUCUCCACCGGCAAUGUCACUAGUGUCCUGGAGCUAAGAAAUAAAGAUUUCAGGCAUAGCAACAGUCCAGCGCACAAAUACUACCUGGCGGCCAGUCCUGUGACGGGGACAGUCUACCUGUCAGACACCAACAGCAGGAAGGUGUUCAAGGUGAAGUCUCUGAAUGUGGUGAAGGACGUGGCCAAGAAUCUGGAGCUGGUUGCUGGGACCGGAGACCAGUGCCUCCCCUUUGAUGAGACUCGAUGUGGGGAUGGAGGGAAGGCUGUGGAGGCCACGCUCACCAACCCCCGAGGUAUCACAGUGGACAAAUUUGGCCUGGUCUAUUUUGUGGACGGCACCAUGAUCCGCAGGAUCGACCGGAACGGGAUCAUCUCCACGCUUCUGGGUUCCAACGACCUGACCUCGGCCCGACCUCUUAGCUGCGACUCGGUGAUGGACAUCUCCCAGAUCCGUCUGGAGUGGCCCACAGACCUGGCUGUCAGCCCCAUGGACAACUCCCUGUAUGUCCUGGACAACAACGUGGUCCUCCAGAUCUCCGAAAACCACCAGGUGCGCAUUGUGGCGGGACGUCCCAUGCACUGCCAGGUGCCUGGCAUUGACCACUUCCUGCUGGGCAAGGUGGCCAUCCACGCUACCCUGGAGUCGGCCACGGCGCUGGCGGUCUCCCACAAUGGCGUCCUCUACAUCGCAGAGUCGGACGAGAAGAAGGUUAACCGUGUGCGCCAGGUGUCCACUAGCGGAGAGAUCUCCCUGGUGGCGGGGGCUGCCAGUGGCUGUGACUGCAAGAAUGAUGCCAACUGUGACUGCUACUCCGGGGACGAGGGCUACGCCAAGGAUGCCAAGCUCAACGCACCGUCCUCCCUAGCCGUCUCGCCCGAUGGCGAACUUUUCAUCGCCGACCUGGGGAACAUCCGAAUCCGCUACGUGCGGCAGAACCGACCCUACCUUAGCCCACUCAACCUCUACGAGGUCUCCUCCCCCAUCGACGAUGAGCUUUACCUGUUUGACGCCAACGGCAGUCACAUCUACACCCAGAGCCUGACCACGGGGGACUACCUGUACAAUAUUACCUACACGGGGGAGGGGGACAUCAGCACCAUUACCGAUAAGAACAGAAACACGGUGAGCAUCCGCCGGGAUGCUACUGGAAUGGCCCAGUGGAUCAUGGUGCCUGAUGGACAGACCUUCUGGGUGACCAUCGGAACCAACAAUGCCCUCAAAAGCGUGGCCACACAAGACCAAGAGCUGGCCUUGAUAACCUACCAUGGGAGUUCCGGACUGCUUGCAUCCAUGACUGAUGAAAAUGGGUGGACAACAUUUUAUGAGUAUGACAGCUACGGCCGCUUGACAAAUGUUACCUACCCGACUGGCCAGGUGAGCAGCUUGCGUAUGGAUUUGGUCAGUGCGGUGAGGGUCCAGACCGAGACUGGCAGCAAGGAGGACGUCACUAUAUCCACCAACCUGUCAGCCUCCGGAACUUUCUACACUCUCAUGCAGGAUCAAGUGCGGAACAGCUACUACGUGGGGCUGGACGGGUCGCUCCGCCUGGUGCUGGCGAACGGCAUGGAGGUGUCCCUGCACACGGAGCCCCACCUGCUGGCCGGGACGGUCAACCCCACGGUCAGCAGGAGGAACGUCACGCUGCCCAUCGACAACGGCCUCAACCUGGUGGAGUGGAGGCAGCGCAAAGAGCAGGCCCGAGGGCAGGUCACCGUGUUCGGACGCAGGCUGAGGGUGCAUAACAGGAACUUGCUGUCAUUGGAUUUCGACCGAAUCACCAGAACAGAAAAGGUGUACGACGACCACAGGAAGUUCACCCUGCGUAUCCACUACGACCAGGAUGGUAGGCCCACGCUUUGGGCCCCCAGCAGCCGGCUCAAUGGCAUCAAUGUAACCUACACCCCUGGUGGGCAUGUGGCGGGCAUCCAGAGGGGCACCAUGUCCGUGCGCAUGGAGUACGACACCAACGGCCGCCUCACCUCGCAGAUAUUUGCAGACGGGAAAUCCUGGACCUACACGUACCUGGAGAAGUCCAUGGUGCUGCUGCUUUAUAGCCAGAGACAGUACAUCUUUGAAUUCGACAAGAACAACCGUCUUUCCUCAGUGACCAUGCCCAAUGUGGCGAGGCAAACCCUGGAGACCACAAGAUCAGUUGGGUAUUACCGGAACACAUACCGGCCACCUGAGGGUAAUGCAUCCGUCCUGGAGGACUACAGUGAGGAUGGGAACCUGCUGCGGACCACAUACCUUGGCACGGGAAGGCGUGUCAUUUACAAAUAUGGCAAGCUGUCCAAGCUCCUGGACCUGCUGUACGACACCACACGCGUGGCCUUCAGCUACGACGAGACGGCGGGGAUGCUGAAGACCGUCAACCUGCAGAGCGAGGGGUUCACCUGCACCAUCCGGUACCGGCAGAUCGGUCCACUCAUCGACAGGCAGAUCUUCCGCUUCAGUGAGGAGGGAAUGGUCAACGCCCGCUUCGACUACAACUAUGACAACAGCUUCCGUGUGACCAGCAUGCAGGCGGUCAUCAACGAGACCCCGCUGCCCAUCGACCUCUACCGUUAUGAUGACGUCGCAGGGAAGACAGAGCAGUUCGGCAAGUUCGGCGUCAUCUAUUAUGACAUCAAUCAGAUCAUUACCACCGCCGUCAUGACACAUACCAAGCACUUUGACGCCUAUGGACGCAUCAAGGAGGUGCAGUAUGAGAUCUUCCGCUCGCUCAUGUACUGGAUGAUGGUUCAGUAUGACAACAUGGGUCGAGUGGUGACUAAGGAGCUGAAGGUGGGGCCUUAUGCUAACACCACCCGCUAUACCUAUGAGUACGAUGCAGACGGCCAGCUGCACGGUGUCUCAGUCAACGACAAGCCCCUUUGGAAGUACAACUACGACCUGAACGGGAACCUCCACGUGCUGAGCCCCGGGAACAGUGCUCGGCUCACCCCACUCCGCUACGACCUGCGGGACCGCAUCACGAGGCUAGGAGAUGUCCAGUACCGAAUGGACGAGGACGGCUUCCUCAAGCAGAGGGGCAAUGAGUAUUUUGAGUACAACUCAGCCGGCCUGCUUGUCAGGGCCUACAACCGGGUCAGCGGGUGGAGCGUGAAGUACCGUUAUGAUGGACUGGGCCGGAGGGUGUCGACCCGGAGCAGCAAUGGGCAUCACCUGCAGUUCUUCUACGCUGACCUAUCCAGCCCCACCCGGGUCACCCACCUGUACAACCAUUCAAGCUCCGAGAUCACCUCACUAUACUAUGACCUCCAGGGACACCUGUUCGCCAUGGAGCUGAGCAGCGGCGAUGAGUUCUAUGUGGCCUGCGACAACAUUGGCACGCCCCUGGCGGUCUUCAGCGGGACCGGCCUCAUGAUCAAACAGAUGCUGUACACAGCAUAUGGAGAGGUCUACCUGGACUCUAACCCCAGCUUCCAGCUGAUUGUGGGCUACCAGGGGGGCCUGUAUGAGCCCCUGACCAGGCUGGUGCACAUGGGCCGGCGGGACUACGAUGUGCUGGCCGGCCGAUGGACCACCCCGGACCACAACAUCUGGAAGCAACUGAACGCCAACAACAUCGUGCCCUUCAACCUCUACAUGUUCAAGAGCAACAACCCCGUCAGCAACAGCGGUGAGAUCAAAUGCUACAUGACAGAUGUCAACAGCUGGCUGCUGACUUUUGGUUUUCAGCUGUACAACGUUAUCCCCGGAUACCCCAAGCCCAAUACAGAGGCCAUGGAGCCGUCCUACGAGCUGACCCGCACACAGACCAAGACCCAAGAGUGGGACAGCAGCAAGUCAGUGCUGGGGGCGCAGUGUGAGGUGAAGAGACAGGUGCGGAACUUCGUGAAGCUGGAGCGUUUCGGCCAGAUCUACUGGGCGGCCAGCGCGGGGUGCAUCCAGGCCCCCGGCCGGAUCCUCUUCGCCUCGGGACCCAGCAUCUUCGGCAAGGGCGUGAAGUUUGCCCUGAGGGAUGGCCGGGUAGCGGCCGACGUCAUCAGCGUGGCCAACGAGGACGGGCGUCGGGCAGCGGCCGUGCUCCACGGCGCCCUCUACCUGCAGGGCCUGCACUUCACCGUGGACGGCGUGGACACCCACUACUUCGUCAAGUCGGGCCCCGCGGAGGCCGACCUGUCCCUGGUCGGCAUGACGACGGGGCGGCGCACCCUGGAGACGGGCGUGAACGUGACGGUGACGCAGGUGAACGCGGUGGUGGGCGGCAGGACUAGGCGCAUCACGGACAUCACGCUGCAGCACGGCACGCUGUGCCUGAACACGCGCUACGGCAGCAGCGCCGACGAGGAGAAGGCCCGGGUGCUGGAGCUGGCCCGGCAGCGGGCCGUCGGCCAGGCGUGGGUCCGCGAGCGGCAGAGACUCAGGGAGGGGGAGGACGGGUCCCGUGCCUGGACCGACGGGGAGCGGCAGCAGCUGCUCAGCACCGGCCGGGUCCAGGGGUACGACGGGUACUUUGUCGUUUCGGUGGACCAGUACCCCGAGCUCUCGGACAGCGUCAGCAACAUCCACUUCAUGAGACAGAGUGAGAUGGGCCGCAGGUGACACGGGUGCGAGGACAGGCCCCACUGCACGCGUGCGCUUGUGCAAGAUGGACACAGACAGCGUUGAGGACUCUUUGCCAAAGACAGCUGCUUAUGUGGCCACUCUAUUUCUUUCUAUGACUCCGUUUUAAACUCUUUUAUUACUGCUGCGCUGUACUUAACAAAGAGUGCCCAGUUUUACUUUACGCUUGUGUUUGUUGUUAGUUGCUGAUGGACAGUCAUUCUAAAGUACGACUGCUAGAGAGUGAAACUGGCAACAAACCUUUUUUGCCCCGUGUUGGUAAAAUGAAGAAAAUACUUGGCAAAGGGGUGGUGGGAAAGGUUAUGAGGUACGUGGUGUAAAUCACAAACCUGUUCCAUUCCACCUGAUCAAGAUUCAGCCAAGGAGGUGCCUUCUCUUUCCCUCCUUGCAUUUUAUACUUGAAAACCCACAGUUGAAAAGCACACAUACACACACGUACAUUUACACACACGUGCACGCGCAACCACACACACACACACAAACACACACACAGACAUACAUGCUCAUGAACGCAUUCUUCUACACAUACUCACAUAUAUAUGCAGAGACACAGACACGAACAUGCGUAUGCGUACAUACAUGCACAAGCACUAAAGGGCACAUGAUGUGACAUGGAACCCAUCACCUUUGCUGUUCUUCUGACCUGGGUCCACAUCCCUGCUGGUUUCAGUAAGUGCUCAUUUCCUCUGAAUGUUUUUUUGUAAUAAUGGGCAGGACUUUACCUACACUCCUACAUACGUAGACUCACCCACUCUCAAAGCUCCCAAGGGCUGACUUUCACUUUGCCUGAACAUAAAUGCAGUGUCUUUAAAAGUUGACCAAAAUGGAGAGUGUGUGGGUAGCCAGGUGUGGUACCAGAUCUGCUUGUGAAGUAUCGCUUUUAUGAAAAUCAUAUUUAUUUUUGUUUUAUUUGUUUUUUGCCCCUUUGCCACAUAAGAGAGACAAUAGCAGAAGCAUUGUUCAUAUCAUACUGUGGUCACUAAACAACUCCUUUUAAAGCAGGCAGUAGCCAGAAAAUACUGUUGAAAUCAUUAUCUUGUAUUAAAGAGCUAAAGGUACUUUACUCAAAUGGUUUUAGAUUUAUUUUGACUUGUUUAUAUAUAUAACUACAGUAUAAGAAAUGUGAAUUAAGCAGUGUGAACUAUUGUCCCAUUUAUUGCUAACUGUUGUACUUGAAAAAUGUUAAAGGCUGUUUCCACAUGUGAAAUAACGUACAAACAUGUUUGGAAAACUGUUUUAUUAAUAAGAAUGUUUUUAGAAAUGUGGAACUUUAAGUGUACAGGGAAGAAUUCUACUUGUUUUAGGUCAGCAUUCAUAAUGUCUUAAGUGUUUUUCUUUUCUUUUUUUUGGGGGGGGGGGGUUGUUUUUGUUCUUUUUUGUGUUUUUUCUUUAAUGUGCUUUUACAGAAAACAGAAUUUCUCUGUGUCUGUCUCAGCUCUGACUGGCAGAGAAGCUGUCUGAGAGAGAAAGGGGAACGCCAAAUGGCAAAUGUAGCACGGCACUAUCAUAAAACUUAUAUGCCUGUUUUUUUUUUGUUUUUUUAACAUGUGGUCUGCAGGUCUGUUGAACUGUACUGCAGUCAGUUGAAAUGUGAGUAGCCUUACCUCUGGUCCUUCCCUUGCACAUACUCACUCCCAGAUCAGUCCAGCUGCCUACGUUUCCCACAGUGGACAAUGUUCUGUAUACUUUCCCUUUAGGUGUUUUCACACAGUCAGCGUGUUGCAGUAUUUAUGCCAUUACAUAUGUUAAUUACAUCUGAAUCGGUCUUCAGGAGACCUGCCAACAUUUCAGAUAUUGCACCCGGAGUACACGAGGGCCGAUCUGUUUUGGGAUUUCUUGCCAACUUCUGCUUUUCAUUACUUAAUCAGUCCAAUCAUUUAUUUCGUCUGACAUUUUUGAUAAAGUCAUGGGCUGCAGCUGCAGACUGCACAUGUCCUUGCUGGAACUGUUUUACAGUGGUCCGAUAUAGGAGUGGAUCAGCACUGGCGUAUGCAGCUAUUCCAGAAAUUAACCAUUAAUAAUCAUGUUGCGACAAAAACACAUUGCGUGAACAAAUUGGCCCUCCAGGAAUGAAAUUGUUCAACCCUUUGUAACACCUUUGUCCACAUCCACGGACAUCUAAUUAGCACUGGGAUCUGAUUUUUUAAAGUCUAGGAAUGCCCAUCUAUCAUAGGUGUUGCUCGUUACUCUGGCGACCAUAACCCCAUUUGAGGUGGAAUUUGUUUGCUGUUGCAAUCUUUACAAAGUGAAAAAUGGACGGAGCAAAUAAGCAUCGUUUGAAAUUGUACUGAGAACUGCCCUGUUGCAACACAACCCUUUUUUAUUCUGAAGUUUAAAUCGUUUUGAGGAUUGCUCAGUUUUGCUUUUCUUUUUUUUCCCUCAACACUUGUUUCCAACACUGUAUUCUUUGACUAUGUAAAUAAGAAAGACCUGCUGUAAAUAAAAUGCAAAUGUAGAUGCCUUCUAGAGCUACAUUGGUGAUCCUGUGUAGUCUUUAGUUAAAAAAAGAAAUAAAAAUAAUAUUUUGUGUUUGUA